AUGAGCUACCUUCUCUAUUCCUUCUCACUCGUUGUCUUAGUCUUCGCAACGGCCCUCUACAUAACCCGCCAACGCUGGAUCUCUCACGUCCCCUCCUUCCCCGGCUCCAACUAUGUGUACUCGCGCCUCCCCUCCUCUUUCCGCUCCGACAUCGAAUCCGGCUUCUCCUCCUCCGCCUUUGACCUUACUGGCAACAUCGAGUCCGGCGACAGCCGCGCGGGCUUGGAUGAGCGGGGCAAGGAGGAAGUCAGGCGCAUCAUGAAGACGAGGAGGGUGACCUUCGACGAGGCGAGGAGGAUUCUGACCGAGGAGAGGUUCAGCAGGAACGGGAUCGGGCCGGACGGGAGGCCGAGGGAUCCGAAGUUUGUAAGCUUUUCGUGA